UAGCCGGUGGGCGGAUUUAGGUAAUUUUCUACCGUUCUUGUACGAGGGCACCAUGGAAACGUGAUGGUAAACAAAACACGAUUGAUGACAGUAAAUAAUAAUGAUGGUUUUUAUUUAUAGUCGUCGUUCGAUAUCAAAAAAUUACGCGUCUUCGCGACAUCGCUAAUUUAAAAAACGUGUUAACACGAUGCUUUCGUCUUUCGCAGUUAACAGUUUAUAAAUUUUAUACGAUAUUAUCUCGUGCGUUGUGUGUACUUUGGCGGCGAUAGGAUUUUGGUUUUUUUAUGCAGCCACAUCAAAGUAAAAAUAUUGUAAUUUCGCGAGAAGUGUCAUUUAAUUUAUUCGCAUCCUAUUUAGUCGUUUACUUCUAUUUGUUGACAACUAUUUUCUGCUGGAAUAACGCGUUACAGUAGGUAUCUAGUUUUGUUCCGGUGGUAAUUAAACAAUACCUACUUAAUUAAAAAUGAGUGACAGCUGGCGACAAACAAUGAUAAACAUUACUGACCGUAUAUUUCCAUCUAUUAUUCCUUCACACGAAAGAGUUGGACCUGCUUUUGGUAAUGAAAUUGUAUCCAGUCUUCCAUUACAAAUGUCAUUAUACUUUAAUAUUGUUUAUUUUCCAUUUUGGCUUUAUACUUUUGUAUCAUUGAUCUUGAUUAAAUUUAGUUGUUUGAACAUGUUAUUUCAAACUAUCAUUUCCGUAUCGUUAUUUUUGAUACUUAUGUUGGAAUGCACCAGACUAUAUUUAGGAGUUCAGGGGAACCUCAAGGAAAAAAUUCCGGAUUUAGCAGCAUUUUGGAUGUUUUCGUUGAUUCUUCAAUUGCCAUUGCAACUGUUAUUCUUAUUGAUAAAUACAAUGCCCGUCGAAAGAGCAGUUCAAGGUAUAAUGUGUAUUUUACUUCUAUCGCAACUCAUUUUCGGAUUUGUGAUACUUCGAGAUAUGGCAGAACAUCAUAAACUUCGUUUCCACAUAUCGCAGUUUUACAGCGGACAGCACAGCAAAACUGAAUGAAUUCAAUAUUUGUUCUAAUAGUUGCGGUCGCGGUCCAUUGAACUAAAUAAUGUCGUUAUUAAGUUUUUGUACACACCUAUUUUAAAUUGAUGAGUACCACAUUAUCGCAAAAAUAAAAUAAAAAAGUUUAAGGA